AUGGAAACGAAGAAGCGAAAACAACCAUUAAAUGCAUACAUUCUUUUCUAUCGUGAAAUUCUUCAAGAGGUGCCCCAAUUCGUUCAGGGUCGAGAUCAUAAAAAAUUCAGCGUUCUCUGGAAAAAUAUGGCAUCUGAAGACAAACAACUGUAUUUCGAAGAGGCGGCUAGACUAAACGAGUUGCAUGUUGAGAAAACAUCGAUGAAGGUCAUAAAAAGUGCUAAGGGUCUUUUUAAGGAAAGACAACGUAUGGAGAUCAAAAAACAGUUCCCGUGCGCCACUGUUAAGGAAAUCAGGAAGCACUUGAGAGGGGUGUAUAAAGGAGUUAGCAAGGAAGAAAAAUCGAAAUUUGUGGAAGAAUUCAAGGAGCUGAAGAAGACUGAUAUUACAACUGUGGGCAAUGAUAGUGAGACUAGUAUCGGUGGACCAAGGGAGGAUUGGAGUGAGAAGGUGAUAAAUCAAAACUUCAUCGACUCAUUGAAGCAAAAAAUGGCUAUUGAAAACUCUGGUAAAGGAACAACUGAAAAUGAAAUUAAUCUCACCGCAGUUCUAUCGAAUCAUAAUCCAAAAAGCAACGACCGACAUAAGAAGAACCAUAAACGAGGAAUAGAACCAGUCCGUUUAUUCUGCAAAGAGCGUCGUCGCGAGUUUCGAAAGAUGUAUCCGGAAGCGAACACUACCGAAAUUACAAAACAGAUGAGCAUUGCGUGGAAAAAUCUCAGCGAAGUUGAGAAACAACCAUUUCAAACAAAAUAUAUGAGACUAAAAGCGGAAAUGAAGUCAAACCCUCCAGAAUCUUCCAUGACUUCUCUGGACGCCGAGCUCCUCCCACCACCAGUGACGUCUGGCAGAAGUACACCAAAAUAUCUCGAUGCAUAUCAAUCUGAUCACUCAGAACUCCAUGGACCUACUUCCUUAGUCGUCACACCACCAUUCAACUAUUUUAGCCGUCUUUCUUCCCCCAUUGAAUCUCUUUGGACUCCUCCAUCUGAAUCCAUCUCUACUGAUUACUACCGUACUACUUCAUUCAGUAGCGAGCCUCACUUUAUCCCGUCAUCUGAAUCCUUAGACUACUCUAGGCUUGAACCCAACUUGGAUUUCUCUAAUGAAGAUAAUAAAUCUGAAAUUCCAGAUGAUCUUAAAGACAUAAACAUAACACUUCCAAUGAUUCCAGAGUGGGAGAUAAUUUUUACUCAGUUGUAA